UGCAGAAAAAUGAAUCAGAAUCAGAAUCAGGUUUAUUGGCCAAGGGUGUUGACACACACAGGGAACUUGGUUCCAGCUGUUUGUGACUCUCAAACGUACAGACAUAACAUUAUACUACACAGGACAGGACAGUACAGACUGUGGUUAAAAACAGGAGGAAGUAAAUGGCUGAAUCUUCAUCACCAACAGAAGGCAGAAGAAGGGGGAACAUGGAAGAACCAGAAUUAUUUUUUCAUGACUCCAGCAGUCUCCUGUCUAAAGAUCUGCUGCUGUGUCCGAUCUGUGUGGAUGUGCUCAUUGAUAAAGUCACCACUCCAUGUGGACACAACCUCUAGAAGCACAGAGAAAGAGAAAGCAGACAUUGUUGAUGUCUUCACUGCUCUGAUUCGCUCUAUUGAGAGAAGUCAGGCUGAGCUGCUGGAGAUGAUGGAGGAGAAGCAGAAAGCAGCAGAGAGGCAGGCUGAAGGACUCAUUAAAGAGCUGGAGCAGGAAAUCAGUGUGCUAAAGAGGAGAGACACUGAGCUGGAGCAGCUCUCACACACUGAGGAGCAUCUCCACGUCCUACAGAUUUACUCCUCCAUGUGCAGCCCUCCACACACCAAGAACUGGACUGAGAUCAGCAUUAACACUGAUGUGAGUGUGGACACUGUGAGGACAGCUCUGUCUCGGCUUCAGCAGACUCUGAAUGAGAAACUCAAUAAAUCACUCAAUGACAAGUUAAAGGAAACAGUUUCCACAGAACUGAAGAGGAUUCAGCAGUAUGCAGUGGAUGUGACCCUGGAUCCUGAUACAGCUCAUCCUGAUCUCAUCCUGUCUGCUGAUGGAAAACAAGUGAGAGAUGGAGACAGACGACAGAAUCUCCCUGAUACACCACAGAGGUUUAGUCCAUGUAUCAGUGUUCUGGGAAAGCACAGUUUCUCCUCAGGGAGAUUUUAUUAUGAGGUGCAGGUCAGAGGGAAAACUGGCUGGUCAUUAGGAGUCGCGAGAGAGAACAUUAACAGGAAAGGGAAGAUUACACUGUCUCCUCAGAAUGGAUUCUGGGCUGUGACCCUGUGGAAUGAGAAUCAGUAUGAUGCUUGUGAACAUCCCUCUGUCCUCCUCACACUGAAAGAGAAGGUGGAGGUUGUGGGGGUGUUUGUGGAUUAUGAGGAGGGUCUGGUCUCCUUUUAUGAUGUGAAGUCCAGAUCUAAUAUCUACUCUUUCACUGGUCAGACUUUCACUGAGGAACUCUAUCCAUUCUUCAGCCCUUGUUUCAAUGAAGGAGAUAAAAAUGCAGCACCACUGAUCAUCUCUCCUGUAUUUAAAACUGAAUACAUUUAAACCUCACAAAUUUGAUCAUCAGAUGUUAAGAGUAAAACGAAUUUGUUUACUUUUUUGGUUAGAUUUUAGAAAUACUUAUAUCAUUUGAAUUGAAUUUUAAAAUGCUGUAGAUAUUAUUUUAAUACCUGGUUUUAAUUGUAAUCCUAGUCUUUGUUAUGAUUGUGUGACAUUAUGACUGUAGAACUUUGUCAUUACAAAUCACAUAUUAAACUAUUUAUCCAGCAAUCAGGAUAUUUUGUGUUUGUUUUUGUUUAUGGGAAUGUAUUUUUAUUUCACUGUGUGUUUUUUUUUACAUUAUAAAUAGUUGGGAGUAAUUCAUAGUUUAUUUAUAAGAUGAAAAAACCCAGAUGUAAUUAAUUUGUUGUUAUUCCAUGAU